UGUCAGCCAUGAGUCCAUACUUCCGAGAGGUCUUGCAAUCCAAUCCAUGCCAACAUCCUGUCAUCAUCAUGCCUCUUGAUGUACAGUAUGAGAAUCUUCAGAGGAUUAUAAGUUACAUUUAUAAUGGUCAAAUCACAUUACCGUCUGAGAAACUGGCAUCUCUCCUAAAGACAGCAAAGGCAUUACAGAUAUCCGGAUUAGCCAGUGUGGAUAUUAUAGACGUGAGAAAUGAAGAUGACACAACUCCAUUCCUCAGGACCGUGAAAAUACAGUCAGAAAUGGAACAUCCAAAUAAAUCUGGCGUCAGUAGCAGAUCCGGCUUGGCCAUUAGCAAGAGGAAAAAGGCUGGGCUUACUUCUACAGUAGCAGCACCAUUCAUUGUAUCCAAGGAAUCAUUGGAUAAAAGAGCAAGAAAUGAAGAUUUUUUAAAGAAGAGGCCUACCGAUACUUUUUCUGUGAGGGAAAUCACAAUGCCGACUCAAAUUCAAAACAGAUCCUCGCAAUUGAGCGAUAGUGACAACUCAGUUUUUCAAGUCAUUCCAAGCAGUAACACGAUUUCAGAGAAGAAUGUGUGUGAAAAACAGAAAGAGGAACUGGAGGAACUACAGGAGUUGCACAACUCAGAGGACAACAGCCUUCUGCAAGCUGAGAGACAUUGUGCACAACAAAAUGGGUCUAAUUUAACAGAGACAAUAUAUGUAAAAGAAGAACCUCUUUUCUAAGGUUAUGAAAUAUUUUAUUUAUAUUUUUUAUGUAAAUAAUAUGUUGAUAUAGUGUAUUUUUCUAUUAUAUGAAAUAUGUUGGCACUGUUUAGCACAUAGAUUUACAGUUUUAUGUCUUUCAAUAUGCCAC